AUGGCGCCGCCCAGCUCGGGCGCCCAGCCAUUCGACGUCGCCGCCGACGAGUAUCAGUCGCCGUUCUCGCUGCCGCCGCGCCCCGCACGCGCACCGCCGCCACCGGCGUCGCCGUUCUUCGACGAUGCCGAGCGCGCCGAGGCCGAGGCGUGGUCGCGCAGUGCCGAGGCCGUCGAGCUCGAGGAGGAGCGCGGCGCCGUGCUCAUCGGCGCCGCAGGCACGCGCCGCCGCCGCGACAGCCAGGUGGGCAGCUACGAAAACGACAGCGGCCUGAGCUCGAGCAUCUUCGACGGGCCCGAGGCCGGCGCGGUGCCGAGCAGUCUAAGCAGCAUGCGCCACAACAAUGUGCGCCCCGAGCUCGGCCGCCGCUCGUCGCAGCGCUCGCGGCGCCGCAUCUCGCGCGAGUUCUCGGCCUCGCCGACGCGCUCGCGCCGCAUCAGCACGUCGUCGGCGCGCAGCGACGAGGGGCUCGACGGCGAGAUGGACGGCGUCGGCAGCCCAGACGACGGCACGGCCGUGAGUGUGCGCAGCGUGGCGCGCUCCGCGGCGUUUGGGCGCAAGCGGCGGGUCAGCGCCGUGCGCGCGCCCGAGGACGACGAGCGGCCGCGCGGCGUGCUCGGCAGCUUCAUGGCGUCGCUGCGCGGAGGCGAUGCAGCGCAGUCCGAUGCCGGACGGCCGUCCUUUGGCCGGCGCCGCAGCUCGUCGAGCGCCGUCAGCCGCACGUCGCGCCGCUCGCAGGACUCGCGCGGCGACGGACGCGGCUGGAGCGACGAGGAGUUCGGCUCCGACGACGACGACGAGGACGACGACAUGGACGCGGACAGCCUGCGCUCCAGCACCUCGGACGAGGACGGCGCAGACGAGCGCGGCGGCCUGCUGCCGUCGGCGUUUGGCAUCGGCGGCACCGUCGACCCCGUCUUUGGCGAUGCGCGCGUGAGCACCGAGCAUGAGCCGCAGGACGAGCUCGACGAGGAGCUGGCCGGCGAGCGUCGCGAGGGCGGCGACUCCAGCGGCUUCGGCCGCGGCCGCUCCGAGCGCGGCAUCUCCUUCCCGGCCGACGUCGAGGCAGCUGCGGGCGAGUCGGGCACCGCGGCGGCGCAGCAGGCCGCGGCGCGCAAGCUCGAGGAGCUGCAGUUCCUCGACAAGCAGUCCAAGUCGCGCCAGCAGGUGUACCUCGCCGAGGACGAUGCGCUCGUGCGCUUCACGGGCUACCAGACGCGUCUCGGGCGGCAGGCUGCCUACACGCUCGUGUGCUUCCUCACGCUGGGCGUCGUGUACCUGCUGGGCCGCUGGCUGCCGCGCUGGCGCCUGCGCUGGGUGUGCGCGCUCGCCGACUUCGAGACGGCCGAGUUUGUCAUCGUCGAGAACCAGUGGGGCGACAUGGUCAAGGAGAAGCCCAAGACGGUGCCGUUUGCGCGCCCGCUGGCCACCGUCUUUCCGCUCUCCUCGCGCGACCCGCCGAGCACGCAGCAGGAGCACCAGAGCGCGCCGCCGGCGACGAUGCCGCCCGGCCUGCGCACGUCGGCGAGCAAGCCGAGCAGCAAGGCGGCAUCCGCACGCAGCAGCAUGGUCAACGGCGUGCGCGGCGCAAACGGCGCGCUGCCCGACCCGCUGCCCAUCCUCGCCGGCGUCGAGACGGAGCAGCUCAUGGACCUCACCUACCUGGACUACCGCUACACGCGCUUCGCGCUGCACCCGCCGACCGGCCGCUGGCGCAUGGUCAAGGACUGGCGCGACCCGACGUGGGUGUCGACGGCGCAGGCGGCCGCCGGCAUCUCGUGGGACGCGGAGAAGGACCGCACGACGCUGUUCGGCAGCAACGUGAUUGACAUUGAGGGCAAGACGACGCCGCAGCUGCUGAUCGACGAGGUCCUGCACCCCUUCUACAUGUUCCAGAUCGUCUCGAUCAUCCUCUGGUCCUUCGACGACUACUACUACUACGCCGCAUGCAUCGCGCUCAUCUCGGCCGCAAGCAUCAUCACGACGCUGCUCGAGACGCGCCGCACGAUCAAGCGCAUGCGCGAGAUGAGCCGCUUCACGUGCGCCGUGCGCGUGCUGCGCGAGGGCCAGUGGGCGGUGCGCGACAGCGCGGACCUCGUGCCGGGCGACGUGUACGACGUGGCCGAGAGCGGCCUGCUGCUCUUCCCUGCCGACAGCGUGCUGCUGAGCGGCGACGCCAUCGUCAACGAGUCGAUGCUGACCGGCGAGUCGGUGCCCGUGUCCAAGGUGCCGCUGACGGACGCGGCCAUGGCCGGCCUGCACGCCGCGGGCGGCGAAGUGCCGCCGGACCUGGCGCGCCACUUUCUCUUCUCGGGCACGCGCAUCAUCCGCAUCCGCGCCACGGGCGGCGAAAAGGACGGCGAGGCGGGCGCCAAGGCCAUGGUCGUGCGCACCGGCUUCGACACAACCAAGGGCGCGCUGGUGCGCAGCAUGCUCUUUCCGAAGCCGAUGGGCUUCAAGUUCUACCGCGACUCGUUCCGCUUCAUUGGCUUCCUCGCGGGCAUCGCCGGCGUCGGCUUCCUGGCGAGCUCGGUCAACUUUGUCAAGCUGGGCAUCGCGUGGCACACGAUCGUGGUGCGCGCGCUCGACCUCAUCACCGUCGUCGUGCCGCCGGCGCUGCCGGCGACGAUGAGCAUCGGCACGACGUUUGCGAUUGCGCGCCUGUGCAAGGGCGGCAUCUUCUGCAUCUCGCCGAACCGCGUCAACAUCGGCGGCAAGAUCAACGUCGUGUGCUUCGACAAGACGGGCACGCUCACCGCCGACGGCCUCGACGUGCUCGGCACGCGCACCAUCGACCUGCGCGCGCGCCGCUUCAGCGAGCUGCACGAGCAGGCCGACGAGAUGCCCGUCAACCCCAACUCGCAGCGCGGCGACGCCGAGGCGCGCAAGCUGCCGCUGCUCUACGCGCUGGCGACGUGCCACAGCCUCAAGGUCGUCGACGGCGAGGUCAUCGGCGACCCGCUCGACGUCAAGAUGUUCGAGUUCACCGGCUGGACGCUCGACGAGGGCAAGGAGCAGGCCGCGCGCGCCACGACCAAGGUCGGCACGGCCAAGGACGGCAAGAGCCGCCUGACGGAGCGGGCGCCGGCGCUCGUGCAGACCGUCGUGCGCCCGCCGGGCGGCCAGCAGUUCGAGGUCGAGGACGCCGUGAAGCCGGGCAAGCAUGCGCACUUCCUUGAGCUUGGCGUGCUCCGCACCUUCGACUUUGUCUCGCAGCUGCGCCGCAUGAGUGUCAUUGUCAAGCGCCUCAAGUCGCCGUCGAUGGAGGUCUUCGUCAAGGGCGCGCCAGAGGUCAUGCAGGACAUCUGCGAGGCCGACUCGUUCCCGGCCGACUACGACGACCUGCUGGCGUACUACACCAAGCACGGCUACCGCGUCAUCGCGUGCGCGGGCAAGACGAUCAGCGACAUGAGCUGGAUCAAGGCGCAGCGCAUGAAGCGCGAGCAGGCCGAGAGCGGGCUGCGCUUCCUCGGCCUCAUCAUCUUCGAGAACAAGAUCAAGGAGGGCACGGCCCCCGCGAUUGCGACGCUGACCAACGCCAACAUCAUCUGCAAGAUGGCGACCGGCGACAACCCGCGCACCGCGAUCAGCGUGGCGCGCGAGUGCGGCAUGGUCGGCCAGUCGGCGCACGUGUUCCUGCCGUCGUUUGUCGAAGGUCACUCCAAGACUUCAUCCGCCGUCAUUGACUGGUCGAGCGUCGACGACGAGCGCAUCAAGCUCGACCCGUACCGCCUCAAGCCAAUCUCCGACGACCCGCACGUGUUCGACGUCGACGAGCUGGACUUCCAGGACUACCAGCUCGCCGUCACCGGCGACAUCUUCCGCUGGAUGAUCGACUACGCGCCCAUCGAGACGCUGCGGCGCAUGCUCAUCAAGGGCACCAUCUUUGCGCGCAUGUCGCCCGACGAAAAGCACGAGCUCGUCGAGCGCCUGCAGGCACUCGGCUACACGGUGGGCAUGUGCGGCGACGGCGCCAACGACUGCGGCGCGCUCAAGGCGGCCGACGUCGGCAUCUCGCUGAGCGAGGCCGAGGCGUCCGUCGCCGCGCCCUUCACGUCGAGCUCGCCCGACAUCAGCUGCGUAAUUGAGGUCAUCAAGGAGGGCCGGGCGGCCAUCACGUGUAGCUUCGGCUGCUUCUCCUUCAUGGCGCUGUACAGUCUCAUCCAGUUCACGACGAUCACGCUGCUGUACGGCUUUGCUUCGUCGCUCGGCGACUUCCAGUUCCUCUACAUCGACCUCGGCCUCAUCAUCCCCCUCGCCGUCGCCAUGGCGCGCGGCCUGCCGUACUCGACGAUCCACACGAAGCGGCCCACGGCAAACCUGGUGUCGAAGAAGGUGCUCAUCUCGAUGCUCGGCCAGGUCUUCAUCUGCGCGGCGACGCAGGUGCUCGUGUUCUUCUUCACGCGCGCUCAGCCGUGGUGA